UCUCCACUGGUGCUUCUUCUUCUUCACCUCCUCCUCAUAUCCUUUGCCUUCCUCUUGUGAGCUGUUUGUGUAGACAGGGUUGCGAUUGCUCUGCUAGGCGGUGUUUGCUGAUGCUGUCCGUGACGGAAUUGGGGUUUGUAUGAGCCGUAACGUAUACGCUGCCGGUUGCUUGGGUGAUGAAAAACGCGCAGAGCCUGGUUACGUUGCGGGGGCGCAGUGGCAGCAGGGGAUGCGUAGAGGAGCAGACAUUGAGUGCAAGGGUAUGGUUCCGAAGGAAGGACGUUGUUAAUUUUGAGGGUGGGAGGGAGAUGAGGGAGAAAGGAGGAGGGGAAUUAUGAUUAGCGCAUGCGUGGUGUUUCGUGGUGUGGGAAUAGCUAACAACGUCGCGGAAUGGGAUCGAGUCCUGGGGAGAGGGAAUGGGUGAAUAGGUGCAGGAGGGUGAAGAGUGUGAUGGUUGGAUAACAAGGGAUCGCGACCAAGGUGUUGCGUUCGCGUUGCGCUAGAUAAUGAAGCGGGCGAUUGUGGGAGGAGGUGAUGAUGAUAUGUCCAACAAGCGGCGGCGGAGCGUCAACGUGGCGGUGGAGGAGCAGGAGCAGCAGCCGGUUUUGUUCAAGAAGGCCAGGAUAACACCGUCGUCGUCGUCGUCCGCUUGUAGUGCCCCGGCAGUGUCUGUUGCGGAGUCGGGCGUGGGAAUUGCUGGGGAUCGCGAUGCGCAUUGGACGGAGCUGCCGGAUGAUACUGUGUUCGGGUUGUUCAAUUUGCUGAACUAUAGGGAUAGGGCGAGUCUCGCGUCCGUGUGCAGGGCAUGGCGCGGGUUGGGGAGCUCGACGUCGUUGUGGACGUCGUUGGAUCUUCGCUUGCACAGGUUGGAUUCGGAGGUCGUGUCGGCGCUUGCGGGCCGGUGCUCGAAUUUGCAGUGUCUGAAAUUUCGCGGAGGCGCGUUCGCGAACUCAAUUGUGGGUUUGCAUGCGAGGGAGCUGAGGGAGCUGAGCGGUGAUUGGUGCAGCCUUCUGUCGGAUGCAACCCUGUCCAUGGUGGUUGCUCGGCAUGGGAACCUGGAGAGCUUGCAGCUGGGUUCGGAUUGCGAGAGGGUGACGAGCGAGGCGCUGAAAGUGGUAGCAGUUUGUUGUCCUAAAUUGCGACGGUUGUGCAUCUCAGGCAUUCGGGAUGUGGACCGAGACGCCAUUCAGGCAAUGUUCCAGCAUUGCCAGGGUCUGACAGAGCUGGGGUUUCUGGACAGUCACACCAUCGACGAGGGAGCUUUCGGGGCUGCGAGGAACCUACGAUUUUUGUCCGUGGCGGGAUGCAGGUGCAUAGCGUGGAGCACGGCAGCGCAGUGCUGGAGCAAAUUGCCCAACUUGAGUGGGCUGGAUGUUUCUCGGACGGAUAUAACUCCGAGCACACUGGCGCAGGUGCUUGCAUGUCCCGAACUGAAGGUGGUGUGCGGCCUGAACUGCCCCCUUCUGGAGGAGGGUAGCAACCCGAUCCCGUCGCCAUCGUCAAAGACGGCGGUGUUGCUGGCACGGUUCACAGAUCUUAUGGAAGGAUUGGAGGUUUUGCUGAACCCGAGCAAUUCGAAGGAGGAGGCGUGUUCGUCUGGACGAUCCAGGUAUGGCAGGCGCAUGCGUGUGGACCCGGAAGUGGCGAAGUGGACGGAGAGAAUGUUGUCACAUGCACUUUUGAAGAUUGCGGAGAGCAAUGCGCCCAGCCUGGAUAGCUUCUGGCUGAAGCAGGGAACCGCCAUGAUGCUUCGACUGGUCCAAAGCGCACAGGAGGAUGUACAGGAAAGGGCUGCGGCUGCUUUGGCGGUGUUUGUUUUGGUGGAUGAUGAGAAUGCGACUGUGGAUUCUGCACGGGCGGAAGCUGUGAUGAACGGUGGCGGCAUUGCGUUGCUGCUAGGUCUGGCAAAGUCUUGUGGCGAGGGAGUGCAAUCCGAAGCCGCCAAGGCCAUUGCAAAUUUAUCUGUAAAUACAGAAGUUGCGAAGAGGGUUGCUUUGGAAGGGGGAAUCAGUAUCCUGGCUGCGUUAGCGAGGUCUCCGAAUCGGUGGGUUGCCGAGGAGGCAGCGGGGGGUUUAUGGAACCUGUCGGUCGGGGAAGAGCAUAAGGGUGCUAUAGCCGAGGCAGGCGCAAUUGAAGCACUGGUGGAUCUGGCAUUUAAGUGGCCUGCUGGAGGGGAGGGUGUUCUGGAGCGAGCAGCAGGUGCUCUGGCUAACCUAGCAGCUGAUGACAAGUGCAGCAUGGAAGUUGCUGUGGCUGGCGGUGUACGGGCCCUAGUUAGACUUGCACAGUUUUGUAAUCACGAAGGGGUGCAAGAGCAGGCAGCGCGCGCCUUGGCCAAUCUCGCCACUCAUGGAGACAGCAACGGUAAUAAUGCUGCUGUGGGGCGGGAGGCAGGCGCACUUGAAGCUCUCGUGCGCCUGACUGGGUCUAACCAUGAAGGCGUUAGACAAGAAGCAGCUGGAGCACUGUGGAAUCUGUCUUUUGAUGAUAGAAACCGAGAAGCUAUUGCAGCAGCUGGUGGCGUGGAGGCACUGGUUGCUUUAGCUCAAGAUUGUAGCAGCGGAUCUCAAGGUCUGCAGGAGAGGGCUGCUGGUGCAUUGUGGGGUCUAUCUGUUUCUGAAGCCAACAGCAUUGCUAUCGGUCGUGAAGGUGGAGUUGCCCCGCUGAUCACUCUGGCACACUCGAACUCUGAGGACGUACAUGAGACAGCGGUGGGCGCGUUGUGGAAUCUGGCUUUCAAUCCCGGUAACGCGUUGCGCAUGGCGGAAGAAGGAGUCCCUGCGCUUGUACAUUUGUGCUCGUCGUCAAGAUCUAAAAUGGCACGUUUUAUGGCAGCUCUGGCCCUCGCGUACAUGUUCGAUGGCAGGAUGGAUGAGGUUGCUGUCAGAGUAUCGAGCGGAGAGAACCAUGGCAGGACAGUGAACCUGGAAGCGAUUCGGAAAUUGGCGUUGCGAAGCAUUGAUGCGUUUGUGCUAACUUUCUGUGAUCAACAAGCUCUGACAGCUGCUGCGUCAUCGUGGGCUCCUGCCACCCUGAACCAAGUUGCGGAGACCGCCAGGAUCCAAGAAGCUGGACUUCUCAGAUGCAGUGGAGCGGAGCUUGGACGGUUUGUGGCCAUGUUGAGGAAUGGUUCUGCAGUUCUCCGAACAUGUGCUGCGUUUGCUCUUCUGCAGUUUACUAUGCCUGGAGGUAGGCAUGCGAUGCACCAUGCAGAUCUUCUGCAGAAGACCGGUGCAAGUCGAGUGCUGCGGACUGUGGCUGCAGCAGCAACUGCGGCAAUGCAGGCUAAAGUGUUUGCCCGAAUCGUUCUUCGUAACCUCGAGCAUCAUCAAGCGGAGAGCAACGCAGUGGUGGCACUAUUAUAACAAAAGAGGGUUUUUGUCUAGGUGAAGCCAGUGGCAGCGCGUCAAGAGUAAACGGUCUUGCGAGUAUGUGAAGAGUCUCACUGAAGAAAGUUUAGCGAGUUAAUCCUUGCAUUGUAGACUAGGAUUUCGCAACUGAAAGCCAAAUUAGGAACGUGCGAAAUGAAACAUAUUAGUCUACAAUGUCCCGCUAUAACCGCAAGGUCAUGGUGCUGCGCACAAGCCUCUAUAGUUCACUUGUUCACUUGGACUGUUUCCUACCCUCAAUUCUUCGGAUACUGAUUCAUGUUUGGCACCAACUCUUGGAGCAGGUGCCCAAUAACAAAGAAUCACAUCGGAGUGCUGUCCUGUUGAUAUUUGCCUGUAAUUUGUUUCAAAACGUGCUUGGAGUA